CAGUUGCGCUUCUGCACCCGGCUCACCAAGGCGGGGCGCUCCACGCAGGUUGGAUAUGUAACGUCACAAACUCACGGACCUGGAGCACUGCACACUAGCAUGGUGAUCACGAUCGCGAUCGCGUUACCACGUGCAAAAAUAGAGUGUAGCCGCGUACUACACUGACAUUUCCGUUUAGCCGAUCUCAUCAUUGCGAAGCAGUCUGCGAAAGAAUCGCUCACAGCAGAUAACAGCCGUGCUCGCGUGUGUCUCAAACGGAACGCAGUUUAGACGAUAGUUCUUAAAGUAACAUGGAGAGUGAUUGUGUGUAUAUUACAGCAGAGGAUUUGUAGACAGUCGAGAGGGAACAACAGCCAGGAAGAAUGACACGGCUAGUAUUCGUGUUCAUCGCUGUCUUCGCACUUCACACCUGCCUCGAUGGUGGCGGCUGCCUGGCGCUGCGCGGCGUCAAGCUGUGGGUGCCUGAGGCGGUGCGCGCCGGGUCGCGGGUGCGCCUCCUCUGCGACUACGACCUGGAGCAGGCGGCGCUCUACUCCAUCAAGUGGUACCGCGGCGACCAGGAGUUCUACCGAUACGUGCCCAAGGAGAGCCCGCCCACCAGGGUCUUCGCGCUGCCGGGCGUCAACGUCGACGUGUCGCUGUCCGACGAGCGCGAGGUGACGCUGGAGGACGUGCAGCCGCGGCUGACGGGCGAGUACAAGUGCGAGGUGUCCGCCGACGCACCGCUCUUCCACACCGACAUCAAGACCGCCCACAUGACCGUCGUCGACGCCCCGACAGAGGCGCCGCUGAUCUCUGUGGAGCGGCAGAGAGACUUCAUCGUGGCCAACUGCACGUCGCGACCUUCCGUGCCGGCCGCCAACAUCUCCUGGCUCAUCAACAGCCACCAGAUCCCGAACUCGGCGCCGACGGUGGUGUCGGACGCCGGGGGCGGCCGGAAGACGUCGUGGUCGUCGCUGCAGCUGGCGGUGGCGUCGCUGACGUACCCGGAGGCAGUGAUGCGCCUCCGCUGCGUCGCCGCCAUCUUCAAGGUGUACCGGCGCAGCAGCGAGUCCGUGGAGCUGGUCGACGACGCCCCGCAGAUCGCCUCCGUGCUGGGACACAGCCGAUCUGGUGCCGGCCGCGCGUACCCAGCGAUGGUGUUCGCGGCGCUGCUGCUGUCUGCGACCAGCAGGUAGCAGUGACGUCACUGAACAGAAGACUGUCGACGGUCGUCGCCUCCUUCACUGCGGUGGCGAACCCGCGGCCCGCGUUGUGUGCGAACACACGCUACAACUGUGUUUUAGAAGGACCUCCUAUUUACAUUGCAGCAGACGUAACAGUUUACCGUGUUCGCUACGUACCAGCUGCACUGACUUUGUCAGUGACAAGACGUUUCGCAGGUCUUUCGUAUUUUUGAUAUAUACAUGUUGUCAGACGUUUACCUUUCAUACGACUGCUUUGUACGUAGCGUUGCAGUAUUACUAACGAGUUUUGGUUUGAGGAAAUUAAACUGUAAUUCAGAUUACCAAUCACAUUUCAAACUGUUUAAUGUUACUGACGAUCCUAUGUAAAUAAUUGUACAUGUAAUUGUAGUCUUUGUUGUUUAUACUGUUGUGCAACAGAAUACAUAUCGAAUGUCUUCAGAACCUGAGUAAAGAAUACGUGUAUACAGCUGUGUUAUAACAUAGACAUCAGCUUCCUCUUUAAUAGGUGACGUCUUUUAAUCGUUAUAUUUAUUUUAAAAUAUGUAGAUAAAUUUAAUGGUAGUGGAACUACAUCUGUUCAUAUAAACAAAAGCUUUGCCAUCAGUGUUGCGGUCUUGCGAACACUGAAGCACAAUAUUACCUCUCUACGUACAAAGCAGUCCCAACAGUCAAUCAGUAUUCCAGUUGUGAAACGCAGCUAUGCAGUUAUCAUUUAAGCAGGAUAUGUGUGAGUGAUAACUGAUCACGACAGUUGUUUGUACUUAGUUUAUUUAAUUAGUUUGGUCUGUUCAGCUGGUUGUGUCUUCUUCUGCAGUGGUGAAAUGUUUUCCUCUUCCGAUCCAUAGUAAAUACGGUAGCUAAGUAUUGUCACAUCACAAUACAUAAUCUUGUUAUUUUCCGAAGAUUCUGCACUGAGCAGUAUUUUAUAGGAUAUGUCAGUUUGAAAUCAAUUCGAGGGACUGUUUACUGACGAGGGCACAUAUUCAAUUCAUAACAGAGGAGCACCCUCCGAAACAAAACAUUCGUAUACUUAAUUGUAUAUUAUCAAGGGAACUAAGUUUGUAUCCUAGGUUUACUGUAACCUUCCAACAUCCUUUCUUGAUACGGCGUAGAUUCAAACACGACUUGCUUGAGAUAUGUGGUCUUUGUUCUCUUUGAUGAUAAUCGAGUCAUCAUUUUAAUAAUGAUAUUUAGCUGAACUGCUGUCAAGCAGUAUAAGUUUUCUUAUCUGAUGUUAAUACUACUACUUCAACUGAUUAAACGUCAGUACGGAUAGCUUCUAAUGUAUUGUAGCGUCCUUAAGUCUAUCUCGAGAAUUAUUUGCAAGGUAAUAUGGUGAGUAAAUUAUGAUACUGUCUUAUAAGACGUCGUUAAUAUGCCAAGAAAACUAUAUUUUCUUGCAUAAAAUAGGUUUUUGGGCCACAACACUUCAAAGGUAGAGCUAAAUAUGCAGUUGGACGUUGCACACAUAUAUACAUGACAGAUACUGAGGUAGUGACUAUCAGCAAUUUCAGAAGUGUCGAAACUCACGUGUGUUUGAAGCAAAUAGAAUGUCUUAAGUAACGCCUUCAGACACCCUUAAGUGUGACAAAGAGAAAUGUAGUACCUACUUGUGUGCAGUUUUGAGAUGUAAGAGUAGACAGUCUUAAUACUGAGAGAAGAAAAAAAUUAAAUUACUUAAUAUGAAAGAGAUCGGCAUGAAAUCACUUUACUGUCUACUGAAUUUUCUCUCACUGUGUCGUAAAUUCCAGUGGAGUUUAAACCACCUCCAGAUCCCUGACUAAGAUAUUUUUACGUAAUAUAAAGUUACACGAUAUUAAAAUAUUCCAUGGGUAAGCUUACGAUUACUCUGUUAUCAAUAUAUCAUCUGGAAUUUUUUAGGCAAUUUUCAUUUAAGUCUGUUGUCACGUAGAUGACAUUGCACCAUAUCUUUUGCUAUAGAAUCGUAUCUUUAGUUAAGUGAACAGUGAUUUUCAACGCGAGUAUAGAGAAGGAAACAAAGGUAAUUAUUGUGUUUGCUGGUACGUCAUGCACGCAUGUUCAUCUCAUCACUGUUCGAACCACAACCAGCUGGCGGAAGCGCGAAAGAAACUGGGAACAAAUUUGCUUUUGUAAAUCUGCUGCCCCUUGACCUUAAUUUUUGUAUCUCUUAUAUGGACGUCUGUAAAUACUUUUCAUGUGUUGAGAUUUUGAAAUAAAGUGUUAUGUAUGGAAACUCUAA